GUCAUUUGUUCGCGCCAGAAAUGCCGAUCGUCAACAUACUUUGUGUAAAAAGAAAUAAUAUUAAAGUGCUUGAAUAACGGUUUUUCAUUGUGUAGUGGUAUUUAAUUGAACAGCAAUGCCUGAACAGUCCGCCAGCAUAGAUAUAGAGAAAGCACUAGACAUUUUAGAGGACUACACCUUGACUUCGAAUCAGUCAAGAUGCCAGAACUACCAGGUGUUACAAACGGCGCUGGAUACAGGAGAGAAUGUCGCAGACGCCCUGCUGAGGAGACUGCUAGCCGUCUGCGUCCACGACCUGAAGGAGGACAUGAAAUAUGCCGUCAACACGCUGAACGUAAUCCAUCUGAUUUUGAAGAAAAUUAAGGCAAAACAAUGUUCAGCCGUGCCAGAACUCACACAGUCAGCGUUAGCAAUACUACACAUAAUCAAAACAACGGCUCUGAUAAGCAAAGUGCAGACUCUGCAGUCACUCUGCUUCGACACAUUCCUUAUGUACCCGGAUGAGACGUACAUAGAGAUUGUAAAUGAUCAUGUGGACGAAAUCACAGAAGUGGUCAACCUGUACUUCCAUCAGGGAAUUCCAGUGAAUCUCAGGUUACUGCCCUUCAACAUGCUUCACAAAACACUAAAAACAUUACCACCUGAGAAAAAAGCAACCUUUGUAAAAGAUGGCCUAAACCUUUGGUUUUCUAAAGUCAUCCCGACAGUCAUGACUCUCAUUCCGGCUCACCAUCAGACCAUGACGAAGGCACUAGAUGUGCUGGAUAUGCUGGUGGAAGACUUAGAAGAGAUUGAGUAUGCAGAGAACACACAGUGGCAGAAUAUCCUGGAGUCCAUUUACUGUGCUCAAAAGUAUCCCGCAGUCAUGAAGACGCUGCUAGAGUCAGGCAGCGACAGCUGGUGCCGCCUGUGGAAUAUCUUCGUUCGGCUCCUCAAGCAGCAGAUCACAAUGAACAAGAGCAAAGUCGGCAGUCCCAUCAACUCCAUGCUCCCGGUUGUGGAGAUGGCCUUCAAGAUGGACGUCCAGAACCGGUGCCGAGCGUUCCACUGCUGGAGCGUGCUCAUAGAUAACUUCUCCACAGAGCUCAAUGAAGCUUUCAUAGGAAAAAGACUGAAACUACUCAUCAUACCUCUGAAGUCCAACAACGCGAAAGUGGAAGAAACAGCCAUAGCCAAAUUCGACACUUGGUGGCAUUUGAUCAAAAAGUUCGAGCCGCGAAUAAGCAAGCACUUUGACUUGAUCUACAUCCCAUUCCUGCAUUUCUGUUUCGGUAACCCGAAGAAUGCAUCGCUGAUGAUACCUGGGCAACUAUCUCUCAAACUGAAGAAGAAGUCUGUGGAAGCAUUUGUAGAAAGCACAGGGCAUGUGGACUGCGACAGUUGCAUUUCUUCGUCGUUCCCUCAUUUGGCGAAUCGGAUACUUUCUACUAAACUGUUGAAUAACUAUUUGACGGAAUGGCUGCACGCAUUGAAAGUAGUGGUUAAAGUUGUUGGUGCAGAGAGUUAUAACGCAGAGGUGGGGUCGGAACAGAUGCGGUGUAUGUGGAAGUCUCUACUGGAAUGCACUUCUAAACUGCCUGAUGAUUACCAGAAAGUGGUUGUUACGGAGUUGCUGACUUUGUUGCUUCAACUUGUUCAGGAAUGCAAGGGCGAGAAGGGUGUACAGAGUUUGGUAUUCGACACCAUCAUACCCGCCUGCUUCGAUGACGACCAAUCUAGAAGUCUAUUGAAUUCCAAGGAUGUGCCCAAAGACUGCAUCGGGCCUUUGCAUAGGAUACUAAAAUUAGUCAUGAAGAGAAAUACUGGACGCGACUCCAUAACUGCACCAGAAAAACUGAAGAUGAUAACAAACGCAAUCAUAGAGCCGGCAAUAAGCUCUCCCAACGACACAAUACUAUGGCUACUGAAGGAACUGCCGACCAAUGACAGCGGCCUGGCUCUGUGGACCGCACUCAUGGAGUCUGUGAUCGAAUGCGACAGUGAUAUCAGCCGGGAGAGUGUGAGGAACCUGCUUCUAUGGCCGUUGGAGCAUAUGCAACACUUCAAGAAUGUACAAAUAGCGGCAUCAAUGUGGAACACCUCCUACACUGAACUAAAACCCAAGCUGAAAGAAAGCACCAUGAGUCAAGAUAUAUUGAUGAUUCUCAUGAACAAAGACAAAGUUCCAUCCAGCAACUUGUUUUUACUGAAUGCUUUGUUUCAAAUAAUGAAGGAGGUUUGCAGCAGUCCAAAUAAUAAAGACUGCAAGUUUGAAGCGGAAUUAUUAGUGAAAACAUUGGCGGGAGUGAAGGACGCAGAGUUUUUCUCGACGUCUGCACCAGUCAUAGUGGACUCGAUAGUGUUGAUGCUGACUAAAGCGAGUAGCCAAUUAGAUACUAAACUAGCUGAGUAUGGCUUGACAGCAGCAAAUUCUACAUUAAAACUGUUCGUCCACGCCAACAAAACCGCACAGAAGGACUGUCACAUUCAUUUAGAAAAGCUAUUGAACUCGAUGAAUCUCAUGUUUAAAAGAGAUGCUUUCGUUAAGUUUAAGACAAUCAUAUUAGACCAACUGAUUGCCUGCCCCACAGUAUUCAACAAAUAUCAGUCUGUGAAAGAUUCGGCAUGUUUAGUGCUAAAACAACUUCUAAGUAAGAGUAAAGAAACAGAAGUCCCACUCUACACACUGAUCCUAGAAGCUAUAGCUUCCAUCCAGGGUAAUGAAACCAAUAAAAAAACUGACAGCCCUAAAUUCACAUCACCUAAAGUAGCAGCUAAGAAAAAGAAAAAGGAGCCAAGUAUAGUGAACACAGUAGUAGAAGAUGGUGAGGAAUAUGUUGUUGUUAAAUCUAACUGGAAGUUUAACCCUAGAAAGUUAACUGAAAAUCAGAAAGAUAAGCUUCAAAGAAAACGUGAUAUUCCCGCUCUUUACCAAGACUUGUCACAAUCUCAAGACGAGUACCAACUGGCUACUUGGAAGACCGAUUCCCAGGACGCCUCUACAACAGCCAGUAGUAACAGUACAAUAACUAACAAACCUCAAAAUGACAAUAACACAUCCAUUCUAAAGAAAAUGCAGAGCUCUGAAGUUGUACCCAAGAUUCUAGAAAACAUUCUCAACACCGACAAUACCAAAACUAAUAUAAUUGAAAACAAAAAAGACCAGACUGACAAAGACAAAGUUAAUGAUGACAAUAGAUCUCCGAAACAAAAUAAAAUAUUAUCUCUAUCAACUCCUAAACAACCGAAAUCUCCGAGAGUUUUAUUAAAAGAUAGGGUGUUUCAAAAUGUUCGUAAUUUAAUAGAGAAAUCGUCAAUGAGUCCUGAAGGAAAAUCUAUAUCUAAAACACUCAAUCAAACCGUCACUGACACUGUCAAUAAAACCCCAACUUCUAAACCUAUUGAAGAAAAGGCUGCGCAGGUAAAUUCCGCUCCUCCAAAAAUUGUUGGUGAUAGACCUGCUCGAAAUAAGAGAAAGCCUAAAAAGUUUGAAGAAGAUUUCGAAGAGAUUCCUUUGAAAAAGAGAAGAAAUUCGGUGAUCUCUGAUUCGCAGAAUAAUUCCGCAUCUUCUUCCAAUGAACCACAAACGGUCGACACAGUGAUUAAUUUAGAUGCCGAUAUAACCAGUACAUCUACUAAAGUAUCUCCUAUAGAGACCAAAGCUAUAAAAGAAGUUUCGCCAAAUGAUUCUUCCGCAUUGAAUAAGGCUGUUGAUCCGGAUGAGACUAACUGCGAUGUAAUCGUAAUCGAUGACCUUGAUGAAUCUGUUCCAAAUACUGUAGAACCGAAAGUUAAGUCAAAAUAUCCUGUUACCGAACCAGAACCGAUAGAAGUCAAAUGUAAUGUUGUUGAAGAAAGUGACCAACCACUGAAGGAACCAAUGAAGGAUGACAAAAAUGAAGUUACUGAUUCUACUAAUGAAGAAAACUUAAGCCAACCAGAACUAACAACUCCAGUACUAGACAAAUCAAAAGAAACCGACAAAGCUAAAAGUACUACAAAAAAAGUUAAAAAGUCUAGAAUAGAAAAAGAAUUAGCUAUUGAUACGGUGGAAGGACAUCCAUUCCUUCAGAAAGAGAAAAAUGAGAAAAGAGCAACAAGAAAGUCCUUACUAGCUACUGUUACAACGAGCAGACGAAAAGCACUGGCUGAAAAAUUAAACAAAAUGUCUCAGUCAGAUUCUAAACUAGAAAGAAAAACCUCAAAGAAACUAGACAGUCAAAAAACUGAACAAAAUGAAAAGAAAGAAGACUAUGUGAAAGAGCUGUUUAAAACUAAAGAUAGUCCAGAAACAUCAAUUUCCACAGAUGACUUGCCAAUGUCGGAAGAUUUUAUUGAAAGCUCUCAAGAUUCUACACUAACUACAAUUUCAGUAACAUCAGCUAAAGGGUCUGCUAAAAAGAAAUCUAAACUUGACCUAGGAAAUCUACAAGGUCUUAGCCGAAGCAGAAAAUCUGAAACCCAAAGCUUGUUAGAAAACAGCAGUGAUUCAUCGUCAUCAUCGAUAAAAUGCAAUCAAGAAAUUAAGGAUGACAUUGAAUUCUCUCAAAACAAAAGUGUACCUGAAGAAAACAUUGCGAAUAACCUGACAGCUGAUAUGGAUACAGAACCAAUAGUGGAAAAAGAGGCGAAGAAUAAUUUAACAUCAGAUAUGGAUACCGAACCAAUGGCAGAAGAGGCAAAGAAUAAUUUAACAUCUGAUAUGGACACAGAGCCGAUGGAAGGAAAAGGAGCUCGAAGUUUCAUUGACCGUGUUCCUGUGGGGGAUAAAGAAGUCCCAAGUUCUGAUGACGUCAUCAUUAUAAAUGAUGAUCCAGAGCUUAUUCCCAUUAGUUCGGAUGAUGCGUGCAUAGUAUCAGAUAGUCAAUGCACAGCCAGUGCCGAUACUUUGCCCAUAGAUCCGAACCAAUUUUCUGGAUGCAGCCAAUCAAUUAUUGAUACUCCCAUAGAUGUUGACACGAAAAAGAAGCCAGAAAUAAUCAUAGAGACUCCAGCAAUUGAAGAACCCAGCUCAACUACUGCUGAUGCUAUAAUUGAAAACGACACAGAGGAUGGUCUAUCUUCACCAUACAAAGAUGACGAGCAGAGAAAUCAAGAUUUCCUCAACAGUACACAAGAAAUAUCACCUAUCAAAACCAUGAGCCCAGAACCUAACGAAUCUACAUCUCCAGAUAGAAGUAAUGACUAUGUAGUCAUCAGGCUGGCAUCACCCGUCCAAUCGAACGGAGAACCUUUAGAGAAGAGUGGGUCACCUGAAAUCUUCACAGAAGAUAAAGUAUCUCCCGAUAAAAGAGAUUUAUCACCUCCGAGAGGAGAAAUGGCUAUUAUAAACAAUACUAGUCCUACUUCGUCUUUAUCACUGAAGAAGAAUAGGCCUCAGGUAAGGUCGGGCGGGCGGGCGGCUCAAAUGCUGGGCCUGUGUGUGCCCGACAGCCUUCACAAUCUGAAAAAUACGGAAAGAACUCCUGACCCCGAAGAACAUAAAAAGACUGCUUACAGCACUCCCGCUAGAAGAAAUCUUCGAAUUCUAAACAACCUUGGUGAUAAUACCGAAAGUAAUACGGAUGACAGCGAGGAUAACAAUGAGAAUUUCCUCAAGUUUAAAAGGGCGUUGCCGUCUUGUGACUCCAGUCCAAGUGUUCCUAUUCUGAAAAGAAAGCUGGUUGAUAUAACUGACGAAGCUACUAUGUCCCCUGCUAGUAAGAGAAAGCGAGUAAGUUUCCAUGACCCGCCUGUGUCAACAUCAAUAUGCAUACAGAAAUACAUUGAACCUCUCGGCAUGCGAUCACCACAAAGCUCCACCGUCAAGAAGCAGGACAGACCAACUCGCCAGUCCACGAUGAAGUCGCCUAAAAAACUGGAAAACAUUUUCAAACUUGACACGGUCCCAGUUACUCCAGAAGAAUCCCUCGAAGCCAAAGAAAACACGCCUUUAUGCAGUGAUGACGUAGAUAUGAGUUCGCUAGAACAAACACCAGCUGUGGAAAUUGUGAAGACUAGUGAUCUUAACGAUACAGACCCCAUAUGCCCUGAGUUACUCGCAUGCACUAAUCCUAUCAGCGAUAUUGCUUCAGAGUUAUCAUCCCCUGCCAUGAAAGUUUUACUAAUAAAGGAACUAGAAGGAAAGAUUAAUACUAUUGGAGAUUUAGCUAAAUUGACAGAGUUGGAAGUAAACAGACUAUGUAUAAAAGCUCCAAAGGUGAAAGUAGCUAAAAAGGUUUUAUCUGACUACGCCGCCAAACAACCUGUACCUGAGAAUAUUGAACCCAGUGAACCAGUGCCAGUAGAACCAAUGUCGGAUGCUACAAUUGAAGACUUAGUGUCCUCUGUGCCUGAAAUAGUACCUGGUAUAGAUAUGCAAAGCCAAACCGAUGAUCUGAAAGUGAAAGACGAAGAAAUGCAAACUGUUAAUGUUUCGGCGACGGUAGAAACACAAACGAGCAAGGUUUUGAGUUUAAGUCGCUUGGUGCAAACAGAUGAAUCUGGAAGUAAGACUACAAAGGAUAUCAUCACAUCCUGUUUAGCAGAGAGACCGGACUUCGUUGACCAGCUAACCAGCCAUCUAGACGACGCAUCCAAAACAGACCUAGUUAAAAGCUUACCAAUAAAAACGGUUGUUGACUGCAUCCAAGAGAAAAUUACCUCUGUAAGUGACUCCACACUCGUACUAGAGUCAGUUUUGCAUAAACAGGAGGCUAUAGAUGUAGAGUCUGGUAAUACCAGCACAUCUUUUCUACAAGAAUACUUGUGCAAGCGGUACCAAUCAAAUGAGUUAAUUAUGUUUUGCAGUGAACUGCUUAGAAAAGUACAUGACAAGUCUACAUCUUAAUGUAGCGUUAUUUUACUCAAGAUUUAUGUUUAGGAAUGAACUCCACUGUUGAGUAUGUUUGUGAUAUAAGUUGUAUAGUAUGUAUGUGUUAGAUUAGUUGUAAUGUUUGGAAAAAAUAUCCGGGGCCACAUUUGGUUUGGUUGAAUUUGUGUUAAGUUUUGGCUUCGCAUUAAGUUUGAGACAUUCAUUAUUUAUUUCAGCGUUUGCCUAAAAAAUUAUGCCUUAUUCUGCAAAAUAGAGAAUCGUUCAAAAUUUAUUAAAGUAUUCUUUUUAUAAAUUAUAGGAUUUACCUACUGCUACUUAGCUCAAAGUAUAUUUAACUUCGAUUUACCUCUUGCCAUGGAGGACGUAUUUAAAGAUAUAUUUUGUACCUUACUUAUGUAAAAACUAAUAAAUCAUUCAAAUCGUACUGAAUUAAUAAAUCUUGAACGAUUGUUGAUUAAUUCAAUCUUUGUCUAUCGAAUAUUUUCUUUAUAAUUUUGUUUAUAGGACUUUUAUUUUUUACUGUGCCUAUUAUUUGUAUUGGAUGCCUUGUAAAGUGGACAAGGAUGAUACAUAUUUUACUUUGAUAUUAUGUGUCGUUCGAUUUAUAUUUCGUAUUAUUUUUUUAUAAUAAUUACCUUUAAUUUUUAACACGGAAGUGCUAUAUUCUGAUCCUUAAUUAUUAAUUACAAUGUUCAAUGUAUGAAAUUAUUUCAUCUUUCAAAAGUAAGGGUUAUAUUUGCUGUAAUAGAGCAGAAACGGGUUGGUAUAAAACAAAAUAAUUUCUUAUCAAAACUAGUUUUAUUGUUAUAAAACAAGAAUUUAUUUACAUCACUCAGUCGCGAUUGACCAUCAGUCACAUAUUUACUUCACAAUUCAGGCAAAGUAUAUAAAUAUUAGUAUUUACAAUGUAACAUUGCCUCCAACAUGUGAAUGGUUGUAUCCAUAAUUUGAAGUCUACAAAUUGAAGAAAAAUACAUUAAAACAAAUGUAUAUUAGUUGUAUUUUGGCUUAUGUCUUAUCAUUAUCACUGUAGGGAUGGCAGCUAAACAUACAACUAAUAUUUACAAAGAAUUGGCUAACCCUAGACACACGUUAUGUUAAAGCUCUAUUCAGUAAAACCACAUAUUAAUAUUAUAUGUAUUUAAAUAUACAGUGUUAUAUUUACACUAUUUAUGUAAAUUUAAUAAAAACUUUCACCCAUCCUUAUUAGAACGCUAAAAUAUCACUUGGUAUUUAAUAUGAUUUAGCAUUUAAGCAUUGAAGCUGCCAUUUUGAGAUGUAACUGAUGCGAUAGAUAGAGUGCCUAACAAGGACAUUAUGACUGAUUUGUAUUUUAAUUAAGUCUUAGGAACUCUAUAUUUAAAUAAAUUAUUGAAAAUACA